CAAAAACAACACUUUUUAUUUAAAAGAAAGUAGUCAUUUAGGUAAUAAUCUAAAUAAAAUAACAAUGGCUAGUUCGGAAAAUAAACUGCUAAUUCAAAUGAUCCAUAAGCUGGGUCUUUCGCAACACGAUCAACUUUUACCGAAAUCGACAGAAUUAUUUCGGUUGUUGCAGUUAAAAUGCACCGGAGGAGCAACUAAUCUGGGCGAUUAUGCUAAGGCAACUAUCUGCAUAAAUUUAGCCACUACCCUUUUGAGUCUUCCGUUUGAUAACGAAAUCGCUCUUAAACUUUGUGCUAUGAACAAAUCCACCUAUGCAAAUGCUAAGAGAACAUCGGAGAAAAUACUUGAUAUCAGUAAAACGAUCGGCAUCAGCGAGAUUUGUAUUCAACUUGGACUAAAUCAGGCUCAGAAGGAAGCUUCUAUCCUGUUGGAGAACUACAAACGCUAUGUGGGCGGAGCUGGAAGUUCCGAAAUUGACUUCGCCCAUCCGCAAUAUGCAGCGAUGGCCGUCUAUCAAGCUUGCAAGAAGCUGAAGGUAAAACCACCUAAAACCAAACUGGUUGCGUUUAGCCACUUGAAACCGACACAGUGGAGCAUGCUGGAGAAGAAUUGGGAAAAUUUCUUGUCUAGUUUUGCUGAUGUAGAUGCGUCUGAGAAAUCGAAGGUCAGCAAAGCGAACGAAACAGAGCCAAGGCUUAUUGAAGAAACAGCGGUAGAUACACGUACGAUCGGAUUGAAGCACAGCUCACCGGAAAAAAUAGAGCCCUAUGUUAACUGGAAGAAACGAAUGCUUGAGAAAGCUUAUCGGGAAUUGAAGACUCGAUAGAUUUGCAUCUGUUUUGUACAGUUUUAUG